AUGAGCAUUGCUGCUUCUUGGAUACAACUCACCGAGUACAACAACAAUUUCUUUUACUACAGGAGAAACAAUCUCUACAACAACAUUUCAACAGCAUGGUGCAAUGAACAAGGUAUCAAACCAAAGGACUUUAAUUUAGCAUCGUACGAGAUUGUGAUUUGUCCUUUUGGUGGUCCGAUUGCCAUGUUCAAAAAACCAUCAUCGAGCAUGUUAUUCGGAGAAGGAUCAUCAAGUCAAUCAGCAUUGAGUGAAUCACAAAUGAUUUAUAUAUAUUCUGCUGCUUGUAAAUAUUUGAGAAAGAUUGAUCAGAGUAAAGAAGAGCCAUUGUUAGGGAUUGGUUGGACUGAUGAUAUGAAAUUGAUGGUUUUGACAAAAAAACGAUUACUCCUCUACAAUGUUUUUAAUGGUGAGCGAUAUGCAGGUCCAUGGCAAAACGAAGACAUCAUCAAUAAUGACAAGAAGAGUGACAACAAUAGCAACAAACCGCAUCUUCCCUCCACAGCCAUGGAUAAGUUAUCAACAACAACAACCAACAAGAAAAAAGACGAUCCAUCACAUACUAACACCUCCACAGACACCACUUCCACCUUCAUUUCUGUUCCACUUCAAGCAGAGGAAGAAAUUAAAGCUCAUGCCUUCUUCGGAGAAGGAUGUGCUGUAUUUACAUCCAAGAGACGUCUACUCGUUGCGUACGACUUGUCAGAGGCUAAACCCUUCCACGAAUAUAUUUUCCCAAAAACUGGAAUUUCUCAAAAUGCUGAUCUCUCUCAAUCCGUUAUGACGGUUGUACCCAAUUAUGAACUUUCAGUGAGAAAGAAAAAACCUAAAGUGGAGGGUAAAAAGAAGGCUGGAGCAGCAUCGGAUGGACCACACGAUCAUGAUCACGAAGACGAGGAAGAAGAGGACGACUCGGACGAUGAUGAAGAGGAUGAAAAGACGAGCUCUUCCAGUAACAAUACUUCACCAAAAUUAGCACAAUCUUCUGGUCCUAUUACUAAAAAGAAGAGUGGAUUCUUUGGAAUGUUGGCUCGAAGAAAUGCUCGAGCAUUAAAUAAUGGAGCCUCACUCGGAAGUGGUGGUGGUGGUGGUGGAAUUGAAACAAAAUCCUUCAAAGUCGGAAAAGGACCACUUGUAUUAUUCUGUACUCCUGAUAAGAUGACCAUUAUUAUGUGUUAUUCCAAUCUCUAUAAGGACAUGAAAUUAGAUGAGAGGUUGAAAGGAAAUAUUCAAGAACAAGAUACUUCUGGUUUUACCAAAAUUGCUCUCUCACCUGAUUUAAAGACAGUUGCCGCUUUUCAUCAAGCAUCUGGUCAUUUAUUUGUGUUUGAUUUGGCAUUGACUUCAAAUUAUUUGAAAUUUUUCACAGGAAUUACGGAACAUCGGUUGGAUCAAUUGGUGUAUUGUGGAGGAGAAUCCAUGAUGUUAUAUUGGAGCCCUGAAAAUAUUGGAGGUGGUGAUCAAUCUCUGGUUCUUUUAGUGAAUUGUUUUGGUCACUAUGAAUCUUUUACAUUUGAUGGACCUAUUGUUCUUUCUCAAGAAAUUGAUUGUGUUCGAUUUGUUACAUCAAAUAGUGUCGAAUUUAUUGAACGUAUACCUGAAAGUAUAGUUGAAGUUUUUAGAAUUGGAAGUUUGUCUCCAGCCGCGCUUCUCUAUGAUGCCUAUUCUGAUUUUGUGAAUGAACGAGCAACCUGUUUGAAAACAAUUCGAGAAAUUAAGAACAAGGAACUUGGAGAACAAAGCAUUGAUGCUCUGUUUGAUGGUGUCAACAAGUGUAUUGAUGCUGCAUGUAGAGAAUUUGAUACUAACAUUCAAGCUCAAUUAUUGAAAGCUGCCAUUUAUGGAAAGAAUUUUAUGAAAACUUCGAUUGAUGAAGCAAAAGCAUUCCAAACAAAAUGCAAAUACAUUAGAUUAAUGAAUGAAUUGAGAAAUAGAAGCGAAUUUCCAAUCACAUAUGAACAAAUUAUUGCACUAACUCCCCAAGUAUUGGUUCAAAGGUUAUCUGAAAUGCAUGAAUUUCUUCUCGCCUACAAAAUUUGUGACUAUUUGAAUCUUUCAAAAGCUAAAGUUCUUGAACAUUGGGCUAAAACCAAGAUUAGAAGUCAAAUGGAAGAAAAAGAUGAAGCAUCUCAAAUGAAGCUUCGUGACAGAAUUAUUGAAAAUCUUGGAAAAUUCUCAACCAGUGUGAGCUUUUCAAACAUUGCUAUGGAAGCAUACAAAGUUCAAAAACCCAAAUUAGCAAAGGCUCUCCUCGAAGUGGACUCUAAUCCUCACUCACAAAUCAAAUUAUACUUGUCCAUGCAUGAAACUUUGAGUGCUUUGGAAAAGGCACAACAGAGCAAUGAUACUGAUUUACUCUACGUUGUCAUUUUAUAUUUGAUCAAAUUCUUUGACACGUAUUACAUGUUUGAAAUGAUUGCAGAUAAGAAAGCAGCUAGAAAACUAUUUAUUUCCUAUUGUACUCAUCUUGGAAAAUUCAAGAAACUAGAAAAGUUUUACAAAUAUUUGAAAUCAGAUCAUAAUGAAGAUGCAGCAUCAAGAGAAAAUGGAUUUGUACAAUUAAGACAUGCUUUCAAGAAUUAUGAUUCACCUGAUGAUGACGCUGAGAAACGAUACGCGUAUUACCUUGAAAAAUCAGAAAAAUAUUUCAAUGAAAGAAGUAAUGAUAAAUUAGACGCAGAGUUUUCAUUAAAAUCAAGAGAGCUCUAUGGAUUGCAAAUGAAACUUGAAGAAGAAACAGAUGAAGAAUUUAUUGGAGCAACACUGCAAGAUACGCUCUAUAGAGUCAUGAUUAGUCCAACACUCAGAGAAAAGAAAGGAGAACGAAAGAAAUACGUCAAAAUACUCAAAAAGAAUUUUGGAGUCUCUGAUAAGAGAUAUUACUUUUCAAAAAUCAAGGCUCUUGUACAUUUGGGUGAAUGGAAAAAGUUGGAAACAUUUGCAAACAGCAAGAAAUCACCUGUGGGUUACAUUCCAUUCGUAGAAGAGUGUUUGGCCUCUCCAAAACCUGAAGAAGCUCUCAAAUUCAUUCCAAUGAUUGAAUCAGUUGAGACCAAAGUGGAAUAUUGGAUCAACAUGCUCAAAUUUAAGGAAGCCAUCGAAGCAGCAUUUGAAGCUCGAGACGUUGACCUACUUGAAUACAUCAAAAAGAAGACAAAGAACAGCAAGACAAAGGACACGAUCGAUCAGUGCAUUCAACAACUUAACAAGUAA